AUGCAAGAAUAUGAUGAUUCUUCCAGUGAUAGUGAUAGUGGUUUAAGCAAAAGAGCAACCUUAUUUUUUGACAAUCCAGUGUUUAAAAAUAUCCUUAAGCCGGAUCAAGCAAAAUUUCGAGAACAGUCUGUUAAAAUUACAGACAAUGAUUCAAAUUCAAAAGAGGAAACCAAAAUAAUAGAUAAAUCAAUUGUAGACAAUGAUUCAAAUUUGGAAGAGGAAACUAAAAUAAUAGAUAAAUCAUUUGCAAACAAUGAUUUAAAUUCAAAAGAGGAAAUUAAAAUAAUAGAUAAAUCAAUUACAACGAAGGUUCAAGGAAACCUCAGUAUAAAAGAAAAAUCGAAAGCUCAAAAAAAUCUCAAUGGAAAAGCAAAUGAUAUAUCUCAAUCAAAUUGUUCAUUAAAACGUAAAGUUGAUGAGAUCGAAGAUAAUCAUGAAGAUGAAAUAGAAAUAGUUCCUCUUGAAGAAGAUGUUGAUAAAAUAUGGGAUCCUAAUAAGAUUGAUGAGGAUGAAAUAAAAAUGAAAAAAGCACUAAAAAUUGGUUUGGUUACACCAGAAGCAAUUAACCUUGCACAACAACUAGUAAAUAGGAAAAAAACAAAACAAGAACUUAUUGAUGAUGGAUUUCGACGAUAUACAUUUAAUGAUCAAGAAGGAUUACCUAGUUGGUUUUUAGAUGAUGAAAAAAAACAUAAUGUACUUAAUUUACCAAUUACCAAGGAAGCUGUAGAAGCAUUCAGAGAAAGAAUGAAAGCUUUAAAUGCUCGUCCAAUAAAAAAGAUUGCUGAAGCUAAGGCCAGGAAAAAGUUUAAAGCUUUUAAGAAGCUUGUCAAACUUCAAAAGAAAACAGAUUCCAUUGUUGAAACUUCUGAUAUGACUGAAAAAGAAAAAGCUCAGACUAUUUCAAAUAUGGUAGGUAAAUUAAAAAAACCAAAGAAAAAAGAAGUGAAAGUAGUUGUUGCUAAAGGUACUUCUAAGGGUAAAAAAGGACGACCCAAAGGUGUUAAAGGACGAUACAAAAUGGUUGAUGCUAGAAUGAAAAAAGAAGGUCGGGCAUUGAAAAGAAUUGAUAAAAAAAAAGGAUCAAAGAAACAUCAAAAACGAUAA